UGCCCGUGGAUUGGCCGGAAACAGGCGCCGCUGCGAGGCCCGCGGAAAACGCGCGCCGAGACGGGCUCCUGCGGUAUCAGUUCUUGCAGCUGGUGGCGGCGGCCGAGGCGGCAUGGAUCUCAGCGAGCUGGAGAGAGACAAUACGGGCCGCUGUCGCCUCAGUUCGCCUGUGCCCGCGGUGUGCCGCAAGGAGCCUUGCGUCCUGGGCGUCGAUGAGGCGGGCAGGGGCCCCGUGCUGGGCCCCAUGGUCUACGCCAUCUGUUAUUGUCCCCUGUCCCGCUUGGCAGAUCUGGAGGCGCUGAAAGUGGCAGACUCAAAGACCCUAUUGGAGAGCGAGCGGGAAAGGCUGUUUGCGAAAAUGGAGGACAGGGACUUUGUCGGCUGGGCGCUGGAUGUGCUGUCGCCAAACCUCAUCUCUACCAGCAUGCUUGGGCGGGUCAAAUACAACCUGAACUCCCUGUCACAUGAUACAGCCACUGGGCUUAUACAAUAUGCAUUGGACCAGGGCGUGAACGUCACCCAGGUAUUCGUGGACACCGUAGGGAUGCCAGAGACAUACCAGGCGUGGCUGCAGCAAAGUUUUCCCGGGAUUGAGGUGACAGUCAAGGCCAAAGCAGAUGCCCUCUACCCAGUGGUUAGUGCUGCCAGCAUCUGUGCCAAGGUGGCCCGGGACCAGGCCGUGAAGAAAUGGCAGUUCGUGGAGAAACUGCAGGACUUGGAUACUGAUUAUGGCUCAGGCUACCCCAAUGAUCCCAAGACAAAAGCGUGGUUGAAGGAGCACGUGGAGCCUGUGUUCGGCUUCCCCCAGUUUGUCCGGUUCAGCUGGCGCACGGCCCAGACCAUCCUGGAGAAAGAGGCAGAAGAUGUUAUAUGGGAGGACUCAGCACCCGAGGAUCAGGAGGGACUCAGGAAGAUCACAUCCUACUUCCUCAAUGAAGGGUCCCAAGCCCGUCCCCGUUCUUCCCACCGAUAUUUCCUGGAACGCGGCCUAGAGUCAGCAACCAGCCUCUAGCAGCUGCCUCUGCGCGCUCUACCUGCCUCCCCAACCCAGACAUUAAAAUUGUUUAAGGAGAACCACACGUAGGGGAUGUACUUUUGGGACAGAAGCGAGGUGGGAGUGUGCUCUGCAGCUGUGUCCAGCUACUUCCUUUUGGAACCUUAAACAGAAUGGGUGUUGGUUGAUUGAUUUUA